AUGGGCGAUAAGCGCUGUGCAAACCACGAGUAUGCAGAGGAUGUCGAUGCCAUGAUUCUGGAGUAUCUCAUUUACAACGUGACGAAAGCUUGUAUCGACGAUUUUGCUGCCAGAAAUGUUGGUGAGAACGCCUUACAGGCCUCGCCCAAUGUCUUGACGCAGCUGCAUGUUCUUAAUGAUUUUCUACACAUUUAUCGGGCAAAAUAUAAGUCAAAGGAGCUGGAUGAAGAGGUUCGUCUCUGGAUGGAGAUUCUCGAGCUCGUGGCUUUGGUUGUGUAUCGACUCGUGAAGCCUUUUCCACUUUCCACAACUGUGACCUCGGUGGCUGCACAACGACAGCUUGCAGAAAGGCGACAGUACUGGCUUUCAGCUCGCCAAAAAACGUCACAGGUCACAGAAAAGGAGUCUACGAUCUAUAAGACUCUCAACAACUUCUGCACUCAACCAACGACCACGAUCGAGAACCAGCUGCCACAUCCAACGCUUGGUAGCAUCAUUCCUCUGUUCUUCAACAUCUCCGCUAGGAUUGCAAUCUUCAUCGACCAGAGCAUGAGUGAGCAAUGGAUUGAACUCGCCGCUCAGUUUAUGCUCCAGGCGGCCCUGGAAUCAUGUCUAAUGCUUGACGGCACCGUGGAGGGUGGAAAUCCGCUGGCUCUGUCAUUUGCCUGGGGUUGGAUUCCAUCCACGUAUUGGAAAGAUUUUGACUCGAGUGAUAAGUCUGGAAUCGAGGCUGAGCUAAUGAUAAAUGACAUGUUCGCGGACGACCGUGGCAACCAGUCAAAGGGGGAUCCGGCAUGGCAGAAGGCGAGGCUGAAAUACAUGUCCCUGUUGGGUAGUCUCCAGUCCGGGGAGAGGCUGGACAACCGUUCAUUGGUGACGCAGCUCCAGAAGAUUACCAACGAAUAUCCAAUUCGCGAGUUUGAGAGAAAGGUCAUGGUAUUUGCGCAGCAGAUGUGGGAAUUUUGCCGGAAACCGCUCCUGGUACAGAUAGAAGAGGGCAGGGUGAAGGGGAUGACCGAGUGCGAGUUCGAGGACUUCAAGAAGAGGAUCUUCGUUCAACUCUGA